AUGAAGCUCACCUCGGCUCAUUUGCUGCUCACGGGAGCCGUUGAGCUCUGCGGCGCCCUCCCUCACUACGACAGCCCCCAGCAGCGGCUCGCCAAGGGCCUCUCGCUGACGGGCAAAUACGCCAAAGACAAUCCUUACACUCCGGACUACAGCGAUCCUCACGACCAUGCCAUUGACGCCGUUGGCAAAGGCCUCGAUCCCCGGCCGUGGCGCAACGGCAACGGCGCUACCGUCCUCGGCCCAUACAACCGCGACCGGUCGCGCCAGAGCCCCGACAUGAUCCGGCCGCCAAGUACAGACCAUGGCAACAUUCCGAACAUGCGAUGGAGCUACACGGAUUCCCAUGUGCGGAUUGAGGAGGGCGGAUGGACAAGGCAAACCACGGUUCGUGAGCUUCCCACCAGCAUCGAGCUUGCCGGCGUCAACAUGCGCCUGGACACCGGCGUCAUCCGCGAGCUGCACUGGCACAAGGAAGCCGAGUGGGCGUACGUGCUCGAGGGCGAGGUCCGCGUCACGGCCCUAGACUACGAGGGCGGCAACUUCAUGGAAGACCUGAAGAAGGGCGACCUGUGGUACUUUCCCAGCGGCGUGCCUCAUUCUCUGCAGGGCCUGGGUGAGAACGGCACCGAGUUUCUGCUCAUCUUUGACGACGGCCGCUUCUCUGAGGAAUCUACCUUUAUCCUGACCGACUGGCUAGCACACACGCCCAAGUCCGUCAUUGCCAAAAACUUCAGGCUCGACCCCCAAGUGUUUGCCCACCUCCCCGCCGGCGAAAAGUACAUCUUCCAGGGCUCGCAGCCCGGCGCCAUUGACCAGGAGCGCCCGUCGGGCAAGCACGUCAAGAAGUCGCGGUACCAGUUCACGCACCGGAUGCUGGACCAGGAGCCCAAGCAGACGUCGGGCGGGCUCGUCCGCAUCACCGACUCGACCAACUUCCCCAUCGCGCAGACGGUGGCGGCGGCGCACGUCAUCAUCGAGCCCGGGGCGCUGCGCGAGAUGCACUGGCACCCGACGGCCGACGAGUGGUCCUUCUUCAUCCGCGGCCGCGCGCGCGUGACCGUCUUCGCGGCCGAGGGCAACGCGCGCACCUUUGACUACGUCCCCGGCGACGUGGGCAUCGUGCCCAAGAACAUGGGCCACUUUGUCGAGAACAUUGGCGACGAGCCCGUCGAGAUGCUCGAGGUCUUUCGCGCCGACAAGUUUAGAGACUUUUCCCUGUUCCAGUGGAUGGGCGAGACGCCGCGGCGCAUGGUGGUCGACCACUUGUUUGCCGGCGACGAGGACAACGGCCGCAAGUUUUGGGACGCGGUUAGGGACGCGGAGAAGGACGAGGUCAAGCAGCCGGGGGAUGUGGAUGACGACGCCGCGGAGGAGUAG